AUGGCUGUCUCGAACGGCAGGCCCCAGGUCGUGCUGUCGGCGGGUGGAGACGGAGAAGUGAAGGAGGCUGACCUGCGGGUAGAGGGCUCUAACACGAUCGCCAUAACCACGGACGACUUUGGAACCCGGGUGGCUCUUCACAGCAUCCACGCCCACCCUCUGAACGAAAACCAGUUUUGCGUGGCUGGUCGGGACGAGUACAUCUGCGUGUACGACCGACGCAUCACCACCCCGACCGCCCCGCCUGUUCUCAAGUACUGCCCUGAUAACCUCAAAUCGUCCCGUCCGCGGGCGAACGCGACGAGCGCCGUAUACAGCAACAACGGCGACGCGAUCGUGGCGUCGUACAGCGACGACGACAUUUACCUCUUCGACACAAGCGAGCCUUGCCAGGCCCCGCCUGCACACCGCUACACCGGCCACCGCAACAGCGCUACAGUAAAAGGCGUCAACGUGUUUGGUCCACACAGCGAGUUCGUGGUGUCAGGAAGCGACUGCGGCAAUGUAUUCAUCUGGAGUCGUGAGACUGAAGCCGUCGUGCGCUGCUUCCCCGCCGACGAGAACGGCGUGGUGAACGUGCUGGAGUGGCAUCCUCAUAUCCCGCUGCUGGCCACCUCAGGACUAGACAACGAUGUCAAGAUCUGGAUCCCGUCUUGUGAAAAAGUGCCUAAAGAUGAGAAGCUUGCUGAAACAGUGGAGACAAACUUUCGUGAGAGGCGCAACAGCUCGAGUGAUGUUAUCGACUUCUCAGACAGACGCAUGAUUAUGAUGGUCUGGCAGCACAUGAGGCGCAUGCAGAGAAACAGGGGGGGCGAUGAUGCCGGCAGUCGUCGCCGAGAUGACGAGGAUGCAGACUUGCCUCUCGACGAUUCAUCGGACGAUGACGCCUUCGGUGGGGCGGGGGUACGGCACUUGCCGUGUACGCCGCAGUAGUGGACUGCUCUCCUAGGCGCUUAAAUGAAGCUCGGUAUUGCGGUCUGCGAGAAUAAUUCAUCAUGGAACUUAGGCUUUUAUUGGUGGGGGUUUACUAAGCAAUCCUAUUCUUCUUGUGUGCUUACUUCUUCUCUAUUAGGAUGACGAAACAAGUUCAAUGAACAUUGUGAUUAAAGCCAGCGAUUAUUUUGUUUUCAUCUAGUUUUCCAGUUACAUGUGGCCGUAGCACGACCUCUGUUCAAGCGCAAGUUAUUCUCUUUGUAAUUAAAUCGAAUAUGAUAUUCGAAGCGCCAGUCGCUCGUGGUCACUCUAUAGUUUCCUUCACAUUUGGUCGAUUCAUUUUCUCUUGUUUGCAAUGUUGAAUGGUUAGCGCAGCUAUCUAUUUAAUUAAUUACUAGCAAUUAUGUCGUGAGCCUGUUAUUGUGCUUUAUAGUUAAGAAUUUAAUAAUCUUUUUUAUUUUACUAUGAAGCAAGCUUGCCUCUGAACUAUUGGCAAUCCAACUAGAAUUUAUUGGAAUCUGGGGCACGCAUAUGUUGCUCGAGUAUUCAUUGAUAUUUCAGCACUUGAGUCUACUUGUAUAAAUCACCGUUGUGACCAACAAUAUAUUAUAAAGCACUAGUCAGGGUGUCUAUGGCACAUCUAUUACACUUUCCAGAUUUCAUGUAUGAGGUUAUCAGUUGAAAUUUAAUUUAAAUUUGGUAUUGACUAAAUUACUUGAGAAAAAUGGCCAAAUCAAGAACGAUUCCAGCUUUCAUAUCUCCAGUUACUCGAUGAACAAUCUUACAGUUACUCUUUAAAUGCUUGAAUUUUCGUACAUUUUGACGAGGAGCUCUCGUAGUUAUGUUGAUGUCAUAAAAACGCAUACCCUAUUUCUGAACCAUCAUUCAAUAUUUGUUCCUAUCGAACGCUUUUUCAAGGGGAUGUUGCUGUAAUUAUUCGUUGUGAAUAAUAAGGCAACAAUCCCGACUGGAAUAAAACUUGUGUUAUUUUAAGAUUUCUUGAAAUUUACAUAGGUUUAAUAUGAGCUAAUGACUAUGAAUAUGAUUCCUGACAUCCCCAUUAUAGCUCCUCCCACAAUCAAUUUUGACUAAAUUGGUGUAUUUUCGGAUAUGGAAUAUACUCUGAUUUGCUAAGCAUUCAAAAUAUUUAGUUUAGAAAUUUAUUCUUUUUCUACAGUAAAGGAAUGUGCAAUUGAACUCGAAUUAUAGACGUCUCUUUAGACGUUAAGUCAUUCUAGUAUUUUCGUCUUUUGCGCGAAUUACUUUAAACAUAGUUAUGGAUUUUUAACGAGCCGCCGGAAGGCGUAACAUCUGUGAUAUGUAAUACAUCGGUGGUUUAUUAAAAGGUCAAUAGACAUCAGGUACGGUUAUUGGCGCUUUAGUUUGGAUCCUGUUCUGUUCCGUGUAUCGCUAGCUUGUAACGCGAGUAAUUUGUCAAAGCGCUCGGCAGUUUGUCAAGGCUGUCAUAGUCAUAAGGAGUGAUCAGCCGAUGACAAAGAUGGGUGAAGACAUAGUUAGUUGUAACAUUGAAAAGCUUUAUGCUGAAAACGUCUUGAUACACCGAGAGCUUUCGAAUGUCGAAAAUAUCUGGUUGGCCAUGUUUUGUGGAUGUAAUUAUAUGCUACGCUAUGACAAGGUGAUGUUACUCUUUGAACUGAUGAAGCAAAUGAAAAGUACAAGAAAGUGCGUAACCCGGCAGUAUCUUGUCAGGAAAAGGCUACGGAGUUUUUAAAAUAUUGUUAUGCAUGUUCGAAGCUCUUGGGUUUAUGUGAUAUGUCCUGUCCAUUCUUCAGCGAGAAUAUUAAAUACCAAGACAA